CGCGCCCGGCACGCGCGACGGACCGCCGCCGGAGGCGACGGCGAGCAUGACGGCGCGAGACGCGACGCACGUGAUAUUAGACCUGGACGGAACGCUCAUCAACACCGAGCAACUCGUGGACGAGGUCGUCAGCGCGAUCGUCCACGACCUCGCCGACCGCGACCCGAAGGCGGUCCGCGACGCCCUAGAGCGCGUCCGCGGGAUGCGCCCGCGCGACGGCUCCGAGCGCCUCAUCGAUUUGCUCCAGCUGACGGACCCGAAGACGUCCGCGCGCGCGUCCGCGGACGCGCUGCUCGCGCUCACGGAGGCGAAGCUCAACGCGCGAUGGGGCGAGGUGGCGCUGAUGCCGGGCGCGUCGCGGCUCCUGCGCUUCCUCGCGGACGCGGAGAUCCCCGUCGCGCUCGCGACGAGCACGCCGGCGAAGUACCUCGCCGCGAAGAUGGCGUCGCACGCGGGCGCGUUGGACGGCAUGCGAUGCGUGUGCACCGGCGACGAGGUGGAGCGCGGGAAACCCGACCCGGAGAUCUUCCGCCUCGCCGCAUCGCGCCUGGGCGUCGACCCGGCGCGCUGCGUCGUGAUAGAGGACACGCCGCUGGGGGUGCGCGCGGCGAAGGCGGCGGGGAUGCACGUCGUCGCCGUGCCGUCCAUCGCGAAGAGGGACGAUCUGUACGUCGACGCGGGCGCCGACGUCGUGAUCUCUUCGCUGUACGACCUGGACUUCGCGGCGUUCUUGCCCGCGGGGUCCGAUUGGAUCGCGCACGAGACGCUGCUCGACCCGGUGCUGCCGCUGCCGGAGAUCGUGCGCGUGGGGGGGGCGGUCGUGAAGGGGUUCGGGCGAGGGUCGAAGGUUUUGGGAAUUCCGACGGCGAACCUGGACGCGACGCCGCUGAAACUGCAGUCGGACGCGCUCGCGCCGGGGAUCUAUUUCGGGCACGCGGCGCUCCCGGGGGGUCGCAUCUACGACAUGGUCAUGUCCAUCGGGUGGAACCCGUUCUUCGAUAACGCGCGCAAGACGAUCGAGCCGUGGCUGCUGCACGAGUUCGAGUCAGACUUUUACGACGUCGAGUUGCGGCUGACGGUCGUCGGGUACGUGCGGCCGGAGGCGAACUUCACGACGCUGGAGUGCCUGAUCGCGCGGAUACGGCGCGACGGCGACGUCGCGUCCGCGGCGCUGCGCAUGGAGCCGUUCGCCGCGCACAGGAACGACGCGUUCUUGACGUUCGAGGCGGGCGAGGGCGAGGGCGGGGGCGGGUGA